AUGUCUGUCGCCCCUUCAGACGAGGAACUGAACUCUGCAGCCAUCAUCCUGAGGAGUGCUCACCCUUCAUUGGGGAUUGGGAAACUACUGGCUCAACUCAAAUUGGAUAAUCCAGAAUGGUCAAUAUCCGAGAAAAGAUUCAAGAGGUUCUUACCUCGUCCUUCAUCAUCGUCAAGUGAGAAAGGGCAGGGUGAUGGAGAAGUAAACGGAGGGGGUAGUGGAAGUGGCAGCUCGAAUGUAACGGAGGUGAAUCAGAAAGAUGGUGGAUUGAUAGCUCAGACUGGAAUCGAUACGUUCUUGGACAUCAAACAAAUAGCACCCAAAGUCAAAGUGAAAAUGUUCAAAGAUGGUAAAGGGAAAGGAUUGGUAGUGAGAGAGAAAUUGCAAAUGGGGGAAAUGAUUUGGCAGGAAGAUCCUUGGAUCGCAACUAAUGAUAUAUCCCUUACACAAUAUCUGACAUCACGAGAAAUGUGUUCACAAUGUCUGACAUUAUUCCCUCAACCUAAUCCACCUUUAUCAGUACCCUGCACGUUCUGUGGUGAAGCUCAAUUCUGUAACAGGUUAUGUUAUUCAAAAGCAGUCAAGGGAUCCAGUGGACAUCACGAUUUACUAUGUCCAGGUCAAAAUAAAGAAGUCAAAAGUAUAUUAAAGUUAAUUCAAUCAAAGCAGAACAGGGAUUUACAAGCUGUCAUUAAAAUAAUAGCGAAAUGGCGUGGUGAGAGAGAAUGGGGUUCUUCAUCAGCAAGAAAAGAAAUAGAAGAUAGAAUUUGGAAUUCUAUGGCUAGAGUAAAUCAACGUACUAAAGAAGAAGAAAGGAGAGAAUGGCCAUUCAUAGCGAAAGAUAGACUUGAAGAAUGGCGUUUAACACAUUUAUUAAUACUUAACGUAUUGAACCCUUCACCUUCAGAUGACAACUACAAACCGUUCCAAAGACUCUUACAAAGCAAAAAAUCGAGAUUAAUACCACUGACAAAAGAAGAGGAAGAAAGAUGGUUCUCAUUUGAAAGCUUUUUGGAACUGCUAGGUUUGGUAGGAUUGAAUCAAGAGAGUUCAGGUGGUUUAUACGCUUUACAUUCGCAUUUGAACCAUAGUUGUGAUCCUAAUGUUCAGGUCCGCAAUUUACCUAAAGGAUGGACACCUCCAACUACUCUUCCAGCAGAAUUACCACCGCCAAUGACAGCUCAAAAUAGAGGGACAAACAAAUUAACUAUAAUAGCUAAGAAAACAAUUCAUCCAGGAGACGAAUUGUUGGUCUCAUACGUCGAUCAAAGAUUAGAUUAUUCAGAAAGAAGAGAGAGAUUAAGAGAACAAUAUGGUUUCUACUGUCAUUGCACGAGAUGUAAGAAAGAACAAGUUGAGUACUCAAAAUCCAAAGCUUAA